CUCACUCUCGCUGCCGCGGUCUGCGCCCCUGCACGCCACGGACACCAUGCACCUCUCCCAGCUGCUGGCCUGCGCCCUGCUGCUCACGCUACUCUCGCUCUGGCCCUCCGAAGCCAAGCCCGGGACGCCGCCGAAGGCCCCGCGAACUCCGCCAGGGGAGGAGGUGGCCGAGCCCCAGGCUGCGGGCGGCGGUCAGAAGAAGGGCGACAAGACUCCCGGGGGCGGCGGCGCCAAUCUCAAGGGCGACCGGUCGCGACUGCUCCGGGACGUGCGCGUGGACACCAGGUCUCGGGCGGCGUGGGCCCGCAUUAUGCACGAGCACCCCAACGCGCGCAAGUACAAAGGAGGCAACAAGAAGGGUUUGUCCAAGGGCUGCUUUGGCCUCAAACUGGACCGGAUCGGCUCCAUGAGCGGCCUGGGAUGUUAGUGCGGCGACCCCUGGCGGCGAUGGAGAAAGUGAGGGAUAAAAUGGUCAGGGAUCUUUGGGAAGGUCAGAAAUGGCUCAGCAUGGAUGAACCCAUCUGGCUUCCUCUGGAGAAACAGAGACAGCUUAGUGGUGUCCCGCCAACCCCAGGAUCAUAAGCCAACCAGCAGCACUGGCCCCAAUUGGCCAGUUGGGGCAAUUGAGGGAUAAUCCUGGGUUUGUGGAAACAGAGGAGGAAGGACAUACACACACAAGUGGAGGGUAAGUUUAUCUGCCAGCCACUGCAUCCAGGUGCUGGGCAGUAAGUAGCCCAGUGGUCAGGAUGGCUACCAGGGUCUGUUGUCUCAGAUAGGACAGACUUGGAACAAUACCUGCCCCCUCGCAGUAGAGAAAAUAGACAUCCCUUGGCAUCACCAAGGAGCACCGCUGACCCAGAGCAUUCUCAUUCUUGUCUUUUCUCUAAACCAUAGCUGUGGGCAAACUGGUCUGUCCAGGGUCCUGACGCUGCUGCGGCCCAUAGGACUUAAGGAUCGAAUCUCAGUGUUUGUGGCACUCUUUCAGGGCAAGGAAAAGGAAAUUAAAAUCAAUCUAUUUUUUUGCCCCAGCUUCAACUCAUCAUGUCCCAAAAUGAGCUCCUCACCACCCUCCCCACCCCCACCAUGCCUGGGCUCCAUGCCUGAGUUUCUGGCACGGCUUCCUCCCACUCCACCAGGCGGGACACCCCUGUGCUACCUUCAGCCCCUGCCGAGUGCUGCAUCCUGGCAAUGUACUGCUGCAAAGGUCCUUCCCCACCUCUCCUCGCUCCUCUCCCUUUCUACUGUCCAUCAGUGUCCAAGGAGAAACAACGUCCCAGCCUCUGGAACUGGCAUUCAAGUGCUUUAGAAUCUGACCCCUCCUGGUUUCCAGCCUUGCCUGCAGCCAGCUGCUGUCAUUUCCUGUCCCACAACUUCUCUCCCAAUCCAGGCCAAGUGCUCUCUCACCCCAGAAGCCUUAUCAAUAUCUCCCCCAGAGGACAAGAGUGCCCCUCUUUGAAGCUCUCCAGCACACUGCCUGGGCCUUUUCUACUACACAGAAAACCUUUUCAUCCAAGCUAGCUGCUUGUGAACCUAUUCACCUCCAGAUCAACUCAUAAGCAACUUAAGGGACAGAUGCCAGCCUAAGAUGAUCUGGGACCCACAGUAUGUCCAAAGGGGCUCUUCAAAAUGUCAGUCAAUGGCCGAGAAACUGCCCCACCCAGCUUAGGGGCUCUUCUCUCCCAUCUGCCCUGGUAUUUAGCUGGCACCCUUCCUCUCUCUGCAGCCAGACUUGACUGGGCUGCGUGCUCCUCCCCACUUCUGCAGGGGCUUCAUUUGUCUGAGCUCUUGACUUGCCAUGAUUCUGGCACUUAGGUCCCAGCCUUUAGUGGCUAGCAUCCCGAUGGGUGUGUUCUCUUCUGUCUCAACAAUGAGGAGAUGGAGACACAGGUCUCAAAUCUUCAAUUUGUGAUUUAAGCACCAAGCUCAAACUUCAGAAUCCAAACAAAUGUUAUUCCUCGAGUUAGCAGGAGAUGAGAUGAGGUCCUGGAAAGUGCCUGGCAUGCACAUCCCCAUAGGCUCCUUGUUCUCAGAUGUAGCUAUCUGUGGGUACCAGGCAUGGGUGGCGAGAGGUGCUGUGCAGGGGGAAUCCAGUUUGCUAAGACUUCUUGACCUCUUUGACCAGGGAAGUUGUCAACCUCCUGGAAGUUCCCUUUUAGCUGAACACCCACCUCCAACACCCUUAACCUUCUCAACCCGCCUCCACCCUUACCCCCACCCCCAUGAGAAGGCAGAGCAUCUUUCCUGUUGCCUCCACCUCCUAAUGGAGAGGCCCAGGGUAUCUCACUGUCUAAGCUUUAAA